UUUCCGGUAACAAAAUCAGCUGAUAUAAGUACAGCUGCAGGGACAACCAGCGAAAAACCAGAAAGUCUGUGUCAGAAAAGAAAAGAAAAGAAAAUAAUUUGUAGUUUAAGUUUUAUUAAAUAUUAUAAAAGUUUGAAAAUGCCAUUUCUAGGACAAGACUGGAGAUCGCCUGGUCAGUGCUGGGUUAAAACAAACGAUGGAUGGAAAAAAUACUCGGAUGAAAAAAAGAACAAUGUUGCUGACUUCAGCUUCUGCAAGGCAGAGGAGUAUUACAAAGAAAAUAUUUUCCUUGCUAUAAAUUAUGAUGCAGCAGUCAAGAAGAGAAAGAAGGACCAUCUGAACAACAACACAAAGAUUCCAUAUUUCCAUCGGGAUAAGUGGAUAUAUGUGCACAAAGGAAGCACCAAAGAGCGACAUGGCUAUUGCACCUUGGGAGAAGCAUUCAACCGGUUAGAUUUUUCCAGUGCUAUUUUGGAUUCCAGACGAUUUAAUUAUGUAGUUAGGCUGCUAGAGCUGAUUGCAAAGUCCCAGCUAACGUCACUAAGUGGAAUUGCACAGAAGAACUACAUGAACAUUCUGGAAAAAGUCGUUCUGAAAGUUCUUGAAGAUCAGCAGAACAUCCGUCUGAUUAAGGAACUCCUGCAGUCCCUCUACACAUCCCUCUGUGUCCUGGUACAAGACAUGGGCAAGUCUGUGCUGGUGGGAAACAUUAACAUGUGGGUUCAUCGGAUGGAAAAUAUACUGCAUUGGCAGCAGCAACUGAACAACAUCCAGAUAAGCAAGCCUUCCUCAAAGGGGAUGACCCUCAUUGACCUCCCAAUGUGUUUACAACUGAACAUCAUGCAGAGGCUAUCUGAUGGGAGGGACAUUGUCAGUCUGGGACAGGCAUCACCGACACUGAAUUUGCUCUGUGAAGACAGGCUUCUGUGGAAAAAUCUCUGCCAGUACCACUUCUCUGACCGACAGAUCCGCAAACGUUUAAUAAUGUCUGACAAGGGACACCAGGACUGGAAGAAGAUGUAUUUCAAGCUGUUGAGAUGUUACCCAAGAAAGGAGCAGUACGUUGACACGCUGCAGUUCUGUACACACUGCCACAUCCUUUUCUGGAAGGACACAGACCACCCCUGUACAGCCAACAAUACAGAGAGCUGCUGCAUCCCUAUCUCACCACAGGGCUUCAUCAACCUGUUCAAAUUCUAAACUACACAAGAACUCUGAGAGCAAUUGAGACCAUUGAUUUGUACAUAUUUGUAUACAGUGCAGUGUAUUAGUGGGUGUCUCGAGUCACACCGGAAGAACAUGAUGCUUUAAAGAACGAAUGUUAUUAUUCCUAAUGUUUUAAGACGUACGUGGAAUCCAUGUCAUUGAAUAUUGUUUAGAAAACAAACUGUAGCACUAAAUCAACUUCAAAUGAGGAUCCAAAUGAAAAUAUUUAUUUAGUUUAUGUACUGUCACUUUAAAAAAAAGAAAUGCCUUAGGCUUAAAGGAAACCAAAAAGAAACCUAACGGAAUUGUGGUCAUAAUGUAAAAUAUGUUUGGCUACCUUUAAUCAUGUUAAGCAUGUAUUUCUCGCUCUCUUUUUUUGUCAAGUCUGUCAUAAAAAAAAUUGCAAGAGAAAAUACACUUGACAUGAUUAGACACUGUGAACAUUAAUAAGAAUACUAUGUCAUUAAAUGUAAGUUUAAAAAAAAAGACAAAGCUGAUAUUAACGUAUUUAAUCUGUAUAUUUAGACUGAUUUGUGGUUUAAACAUAUUUUUUUCACUGACUUUUAGUUCUGAAAUUAUUAGCGUAAUUGAUACUAAAACAUUCUAAUAACUUACAAUUCUACAUUACAUAAAUCUACAAGAAAUUCUUUGCAUAAUGUAGAGGCAAUCGCAGAUAGAAAUCUAAACCAGAGUAUUAGAUUUAAGCAUGUUUUUUUUGUUUUGUUUUGUUUUUUUUUGUGGAAAAGCUGGACCCUGUGUGGAGUACAUCUGCCAUGGACUUUCCAGUUUAACGGUUUUAUGUGAAUUUAAAAAAAUAGUAGUAAUACUAAUAAUACUGGUUAUAAUACUGACUCGGGUCAGAGCAUGAUACUUUAUUUUAAAACUGUAUUUGUAUGUAAACUUCUUUUUUCACUUUUCUACAUCUUUUAAACUUUUUACAAAGGCAGAAUGUUCAGUUUUCAAUCUACAUUUUUUUAUUUUAACUUUGAAGUGAGUCAUAUUAAAUGUAUUAUUGAGCAACAGCAUGUGAGUAGCAGAGAUUACGUUAAUUAGCUGCAUGAUUUUGUGAUUAUUAUUAGGGGUAAUUAACCAAGUGGUUAGUGUAAUUAAGGGUGGCACUCUAGUGCAGGGGUGGCCAAUCAUGGUCUUGGAAGUCCAUUUCACUCCAGGAUUAACAGGUAAAAAAAGAUAAUGAACUACUUCAGAAUCAGGACUGGAAGGGCAAACUUUGGCCACCACUGGACUAGUGUUUAGUCAGCUGUGACUAGCCUUGAUGCUUAAAUUCCCUCUUGGGAGAUAUUAUUGGGUUUAACAUCUAAAAUGUAGUUUUAUUUCAAACAUUUAAUGAUUAUGGAAUCCUCUGACUUGCCAGUAUAUCAUUUUGUAUUUUAUUUGGAAGUGGUUCGUUUAAGUUUGCGUGUUGUACAAGAACAAUGUCUAAAAGUACAAGAUGGUUUUAAAUAUUUUCUGAAUAAUAUUCUAAUACAAAAUGGUAAUUUGUUUUCAUUUUGCAAUAAAUUAUAACAUUUUUCCUCUAAAUUUUUGUUUCUCUUUAUUCUUUUAAAAUAAACUGGCUAAUUACAUAAAAACUACUGAACUAUGUAUGAUAGCACUUUGUCACUAUCUUUUUAUUUUGUUAUUUGGCCCUGUAUUUUAAAAUAAGAACAAAAUGUACAUACAAGAGUUGUCUGGUUCCUAGUGGCUGAUUGAUCCUAAAACUUUAUCAAGACUGAUCUUCAGCAUUGACAACGUGGCUUGGAACUCCUUGCAUACCACCACUGUAUAUAUCCUACCAUUUGGCCUUUGCCAAUUUAAAUUUUCUAAACAAAAUAAAACUAAAUGAGCAUUACUUUGUGGCUUCCCAGGUGCAAAAUGAUCAAUUACCUUGCCCCAUCUUUAUAAUUUUGUGGACAUUGUGUGUGUGUGUGUGUGUAAGAUUUUUUUGCUUGUUAAAGAGCCCAUGUUUUAUUUAAGUUAACAAAUCCGAUGUUAUUGUAUAAUAAAGAACUACCAUUGUUGUACAA